AUGAUUGAGAGCUGUUACGGCCAUUUGUUGCAUGUUCCAGAAGAGAAGGAGAAGUACAAGAUUGUCACGGCUGCCACGGUGGAGGGCGAAAGCACCGACGGCCGGGGAUUCGCCAAAGCCAUGGCGACCAAGGGCCUGCAGGCGUGCGAAAGCCUGGUGAAGCGCUACGGUGGGCGCUAUGCUGUCGGUGAUUUACCCAGCAUUGCCGAUGUGUGCAUAGUGCCGCAGCUCUACAACGCGCGGCGCUUUGAGCUGGACAUGACGCAGUUCCCGUCGCUGCUGGCGGUGGAGGCGAACUGCGCCCAGCUGCCCGCCUUUGCGGCGGCGGCGCCGGAGAAGCAGCCGGACGCGCAGUGA